AUGUCAGGCUCUGGGCGAAAAGACUUCGAUGUGAAGCACAUCCUGCGACUCCGCUGGAAACUCUUCAGCCACCCGUCGCCGUCGGCCGGCGGCCCGGCCGCGGGCAGCUGCCUGCAGCAGGACGGCAGCGGCAGCUUCGAGCACUGGGGACCCAGCCAGAGCCGCCUGCUCAAAAGCCAAGAGAAGGGCGGAGUGAGCACUUUCUGGAAGAAGCCUUCCUCUUCUGCCUCCUCUUCGUCUGCCUCCCCGUCCUCUUCUGCCUCUUCCUUCAGCCCUCUGAAUGGCACGCUCCUGCCAGUGGCUACGAGGCUGCAGCCAGGGGCGCCCGGGCAGGGCAUCCACCAGCCCGCCAGGACUCUCUUCUACGUGGAGUCCCUGGAGGAGGAGGAGGUGCCCGGAAUGGACUUUCCUGGACCACACGACAAAGGUCUUGUCCCGCAGGAGUUCAAAGCGGAGCCAGCCAACUCGAGCCAAGCAACAGGUGAAGGGUGUGGACUCAGACUGUCAGAAACUAACCAUUUGCUGACACCUCAAAGUGAUAUGGAUUCUGGUAGCUCUGAAGAAUUCUAUCAGGCUGUGCACCAUGCUGAGCAAACAUUCAGAAAAAUGGAAAGUUAUCUGAAGCAACAACAACUCUGUGAUGUUAUCCUGAUUGUUGGGAACCGAAAAAUACCUGCACAUAGGCUUGUUCUGAGCUCAGUCUCUGACUAUUUUGCUGCCAUGUUUACAAGUGAUGUUUGUGAAGCCAAGCAAGAGGAGAUCAAGAUGGAAGGCAUAGACCCCAAUGCCCUCUGGGACCUUGUCCAGUUUGCAUAUACAGGUUGCUUGGAAUUAAAGGAAGAAACCAUUGAAAACCUUCUUGCAGCAGCUUGCCUUCUUCAGCUUCCUCAAGUAGUGGAAGUGUGUUGCCAUUUCCUCAUGAAGCUCUUGCAUCCAUCAAACUGUUUAGGAAUCCGAGCAUUUGCAGAUGCUCAAGGAUGCAUUGAAUUAAUGAAGGUGGCCCACAGCUACACAAUGGAAAACAUAAUGGAAGUUAUAAGAAAUCAAGAGUUUCUACUGCUUCCAGCUGAGGAGCUCCAUAAACUCCUGGCCAGUGAUGAUGUCAAUGUUCCCGAUGAAGAAACCAUCUUCCAUGCAUUAAUGAUGUGGGUCAAAUAUGACAUGCAGAGGAGAUGCAAUGACUUGAGUAUGCUUCUGGCCUUCAUAAGACUGCCGCUACUUCCACCUCAGAUAUUGGCAGACCUAGAAAACCAUGCACUAUUUAAGAAUGAUCUGGAAUGUCAAAAGCUGAUUCUAGAAGCAAUGAAGUACCAUCUGUUGCCAGAAAGAAGAACUUUAAUGCAAAGUCCAAGAACGAAACCUAGAAAAUCUACAGUUGGAACUCUGUAUGCUGUGGGAGGCAUGGAUAACAACAAAGGAGCUACAACCAUAGAGAAAUAUGACCUCAGAACAAAUUUGUGGAUCCAGGCAGGGAUGAUGAAUGGCAGGAGAUUGCAGUUUGGUGUGGCUGUUAUUGAUGACAAACUCUUUGUAAUUGGAGGUCGAGAUGGCUUGAAGACAUUGAACACUGUUGAAUGUUACAACCCCAAAACCAAGACUUGGACUGUUUUACCACCAAUGUCAACACAUAGACAUGGUCUAGGUGUGACGGUACUGGAAGGCCCUAUCUAUGCUGUGGGAGGACAUGAUGGCUGGAGUUAUUUGAACACAGUGGAGAGGUGGGAUCCUCAGAGUCAGCAGUGGACAUUUGUAGCUAGCAUGUCAAUUGCCCGAAGCACAGUUGGUGUGGCAGCAUUGAAUGGCAAGUUGUAUUCAGUUGGUGGUCGUGAUGGAAGCUCCUGUUUGAGUUCAAUGGAAUAUUAUGAUCCUCACACAAAUAAGUGGAAUAUGUGUGCUCCAAUGUGUAAGCGGAGAGGGGGUGUUGGAGUGGCCACAUGCGAUGGUUUCCUUUAUGCAGUAGGAGGUCAUGAUGCUCCUGCUUCAAACCACUGUUCUCGGCUACUAGACUAUGUAGAAAGGUAUGAUCCCAAAACAGACACAUGGACUAUGGUGGCUCCUUUGAGUAUGCCCAGAGAUGCUGUUGGAGUCUGUCUUCUUGGUGACAGAUUAUAUGCUGUUGGUGGCUAUGAUGGCCAGACAUACCUCAACACUAUGGAAUCCUACGAUCCACAAACUAAUGAAUGGACCCAGAUGGCUUCCUUGAAUAUUGGGAGAGCCGGUGCCUGUGUAGUAGUCAUCAAGCAAACUUGA